AUGUCUAGUAAUCUGUCUGAAAAAGCAGUUGACCAGCAAAAAGAAUUCGGCUUGCUUAAGAGUACGAGUUCUGUUGACUCGGUACACGAAGUUGAAGCCGGUGUGAAAGUCGGUGAAGAUGACGACAAUUAUUUUUUCAGUGAAGAUCAAAUCUUAACACAGAUUAAGGUGUACGAAGAUGAAAUUGCAAAUACUCCAGUUACUAAGACGCUAAGACAACGUAUGAGAAGAAUGGAAUUUUGUGAAGUGAACUUCUCAAAUAAAACGUAUAUGGUUAUUAUGCUUGGUUUUUUCGCAUCAUUUGCAGGUAUUUUGUCAGGUGUGGAUCAAUCGACCAUUUCAGGUGCCAGUUAUGGUAUGAAGGCAUCGUUGAAAUUGACUUCCGAUGAAGAUUCCUUGAUUUCCUCUUUAAUGCCUUUGGGUGCGGUCGGUGGUUCUAUCUUGUUAACUCCAUUAAGUGAAUAUUUCGGUAGAAAAGUUGCCUUAGUGAUCUCAUGUAUUUUUUAUACCAUUGGUGGUAUUUUGUGUGCCGCUGCUCAGGAUGUUCAUACAAUGUAUGCAGGCAGAUUCUUGAUCGGUGUUGGUGUCGGUAUUGAAGGUGGUGGUGUUGGUGUUUAUAUUGCUGAAUCUGUCCCAUCUACCGUGCGUGGUUCCUUAGUUUCGUUGUAUCAAUUCAAUAUUGCCCUUGGUGAGUUGGUUGGUUAUGUCAUUGGUGUCAUUUUCUUCGAUGUCAAAGGUGGUUGGAGAUAUAUGUUAGGUUCCUCUUUGGUAUUUUCUACCAUCUUAUUUGUUGGUUUAUUCUUCUUACCUGAAUCCCCUCGUUGGUUGAUCCACAAGGGUUAUGAUGUAGAAGCUUAUAAGGUCUGGCGUAGAUUGAGAGACACAUCGGAUCUAGGCAAUAAAAGAGAAUUCUUGGAAAUGAAACAUGCAGCUGAACAAGAUAGACAAUUGAAAGAACAAGAAUCUCGCUUCAAGAGUAUGUUUGACUUGAUCUUAAUCCCAAGAAAUCGUCGUGCAUUGUUAUACUCCAUUAUGAUGGUCUCUUUGGGUCAAUUGACUGGUAUUAACGCAAUCAUGUAUUAUAUGUCCACGUUGAUGGGACAGAUCGGUUUCUCUCCAAAACAAGCCGUCGCUAUGUCUAUGGUUGGUGGUGCUGCUUUGUUAAUAGGUACCAUUCCAGCAAUCCUAUAUAUGGAUAAAUUUGGUAGACGUCCAUGGUCUAUGACCAUUAUCGGUUUCUCCGUAGGUCUAGUUCUCGUCGGUGUUGGUUAUCAGAUCGAUUUGAAUACCAACUUGGCUGCUGCUGAAGGGGUUUACUUAACCGGCCAGAUUUUGUAUAACAUCUUCUUUGGUACUUAUGCCACUUUGACCUGGGUUGUUCCUUCUGAGUCUUUCUCUUUGGCUACAAGAUCGAUCGGUAUGACGAUUUGCUCUGCUUUCUUAUACUUAUGGGCCUUCACUGUUACUUAUAACUUCAACAAAAUGAAGGACGCUUUCACAUACACUGGUUUGACUUUAGGUUUCUAUGGUGGUAUUGCUAUUGUUAUUGGUAUUCCAUACCAAUUGUUGUUUAUGCCAGAAACCAAAGAUAAAACUUUGGAAGAAAUCGAUGAUAUCUUUGAGAUGCCAACUAGACAAUUGGUCAAACAAAAUUUGAAGAACUUAAAAGAUUACGUUUCUGGUAACCGUAAAUCUAUUUAA